GGCGAUGAAUUAGUCGCUUAUUUAUUAUUUUUGACGUCAGUGAUUACAUUUCUAGACAAGUGCAGGAGAACGAUUUUCUCGAAAACAUUGAGAAAGUCACAAGAUCGAUUCCCGAAGCAAACAGCCGUCUCGACCCUUUACUUACGGAACUGCAAUGAAUGAAGUAAUUUUGAUUGACAGGAUGAAUAUUGGACUAAAUCGGACACGCGUAGAAAUUACGAACUUUGUUAACCGACGACUCCGACAAUAAAUAUCCAUGCAGAGCCUCUUGAUUUUCACUCAAAACUAGUGUUUCUGCAGCUUUUGUGUCAUCUGUUGUGCUCUGUGAUUAGUUUUCUCUUAUUCCAACAAAAAUGGGAGAAGAUCGGUUUGAUGUUCAGGGAUGGGCAGCCAAGGACAAGUCUGGCAUUCUCGAACCUUUUAAAUUCACUCGCAGGAAGACUGGACCCAAUGACGUAACAUUCAAAGUUGCUUUCUGUGGGAUCUGUCAUUCGGAUUUGCACCAGCUCCGCAACGAAUGGCAUAACACCCAAUACCCAAUUGUACCAGGGCAUGAAAUCGUUGGGACUGUAACUGAAGUAGGAACAGAAGUAAAGAAAUUUGCGGUGGGGGAGCGUGUUGGAGUGGGGUGCAUGGUAGGCAGUUGCCAUAACUGCGACAGCUGUGAAAAAGGGGCAGAGCAAUAUUGUGAGGGAGUCGUAUGGGCUUAUAACAGCACGGAUAAGGACGGUUCUGUUACCUAUGGAGGCUACUCAUCUUUAAUGGUCUGCGACCAGAAGUUUAUAAUUAAGGUGCCAGAAAACCUGCCAUUUGAUGCGGCUGCCCCAUUGUUAUGCGCGGGAAUUACUGUUUACAGCCCCAUGAUGUACUUUGGAAUGACAGAGAAAGGAAGUCGGUUGGGUGUAGUGGGGCUUGGUGGUCUUGGUCACAUGGCGGUUAAAUUUGGCAAAGCUUUUGGCCUGCAUGUGACCGUCAUCAGUACAUCCCCAAACAAAGAGAAAGAAGCCAAAGAGAUUUUGGGGGCUGAUGAGUUCCUUAUCAGCAAGGAUGAGAAACAGAUGAGAGACGCAGCUACAUCCCUGGAUUAUAUAAUUGAUACUGUAUCUGCUUAUCAUCCCCUGCCGCCAUUGCUCAAUUUGCUCAAAGUCAAUGGAAAGCUUGUUAUUGUUGGCGUUCCUGAUAAACCUCUGCAAAUUCCUGCCUUCAGUGUUAUAUUUGGGCGGAGAUUGGUUGCAGGGAGCUGUAUUGGUGGAAUUAAGGAAACGCAGGAGAUGAUGGAUUUCUGUGCAAAGCACAACAUUUCAUGCACCAUAGAAAAGAUUUCCAUCGAUUAUGUGAACACAGCAAUGAAAAGGCUGGAGAAGGGAGAUGUUAAAUACCGAUUUGUUAUUGACAAUGGUGAGAGUUUUAAGCAUUGAAGCAUAAGAAAAUAUCUUUUGGAGUUAUAAUCAGUAGGGGUUGUUCACAUGGCAUUGUAAAUGCUCCUUUAUUGGGAGUGUUGUUAGCCUGCAAUGUUUCGGAUGAGUCUUACAGCAGUUAAUGCUGACAGUAUUGAUGGACCAAAACAUUUACGGGAACUUAGUUUUGUAUUUUGGGUACAUGUUGGAUAUCGAUAUCUUUUGUCUUGUUAUUUUAUAAAAUGUGAACAAAGUUAUUGUAUU